AUGGGAUCUGUAGAGGACGUAAAAACCGAACUACGCAAUGGCAUAUGUUUACCGGAAACAUCGCUGGUCUCAGAAGUGAUCGUUCGUACUCGAGGUCUUCCCUGGCAAGCAACCGAUCAUGAUAUAGCACAAUUUUUCAUCGGUUUGAAUAUUGCCGCUGGCGGAGUAGCACUUUGCCUCAGUCCGGAAGGUCGACGCAAUGGUGAGGCUCUUGUAAGAUUUGAAGAUUCCGAGCAACGUGAAUUAGCCCUCAAAAGGCAUCGACAUUUCCUACACAACCGUUACAUUGAAGUGUAUCGCGCUACAGGAAGCGAUUUCCUACAAGUUGCUGCAGGCUCAAACUCAGAAGCAGUGCGUUUUGUAAGCCGCGGUAGCACAGGUGCCAUGAUUGUUCGUAUGCGGGGUCUUCCUUAUGACUGCACCGAAGCGCAAAUUCUUGAAUUUUUCGCGGAAGGUGAAAAUGGUUGUAAAGUAACAGAUGGCGGUAUAUUAUUUGUGAAUAAGAGCGAUGGUCGGCCAACCGGUGAUGCUUUUGUAAUGUUUGAUAAUGAGGAAGCUGGUCAAAAGGCGCUUACCAAGCAUAAACGUACCAUUGGCACUCGAUAUAUUGAACUUUUCAGAUCAACUCAAGCAGAAGUGCAACAAGUGGUUAAUCGAAAUUUGGAAAGUGAUCAACGUAUGAUGGUUCAUGGAAGUAGUAGGAAGGACUGCAUCAGAUUAAGGGGCCUUCCCUACGAAGCUCAUGUAGAAAAUAUUGUCGAAUUUCUGGGCGAAACCGCACGACACAUCAUGUUUCAGAUGGAUUCGGAGAUGAGUGCAGCAACCGCUGCUGCAUUAGCUCAUAACAAGUAUAUGCAAAUAGGGAAGAAACAGCGCUACAUUGAAGUGUUCCAGUGCAGUCCGGAAGAUAUAAAUUUGGUUCUGACAAACCCACCAUUACCACCGCAAUUCAUUCUGCAGCCAAGACCGCUCUUCCCACAACGCAAGUCAUUUGGACUUGAACUUGAACUAAAACUUACAAUAUGCACUACUAGUAAAACUGUUCAAAGUUUGGUACCAGCAAUAGUACCACCAUUUACACCGUUGUACUGGCCAUGUCUUAGUCCACCGGCGUCACCAUGUAUUUACCCGUUGCAGUCGCAACCUGGUCUAGUUUUGGUUACCGGACUUUGUCCAAAUAUUACACCACAAGAUAUUUUGGCAUAUUUUCAAACCAAUCCAGAGAUAGCUAUUGAAAGUGUUCAAAUGUUGCGAUGGGGAACGGCACAAUAUUCCGGCGAAGCACUGGUGCGCUUCCGCUCACGAAUGGAUGCGGAGCGAGCGUUGGCAGAGCAUGUUGGAGCUCCACUUGGUACCAUACCACUGAAUCUUUCACUUAUACAUACCUGA